GUCUUUCCCCACCGCUCGUCUAGUGUGUCCGAAUUGGGCAAACGUGUUUAGUAUGUAGGAGUAGGAUCUAGCAGUAGCACGUAGCAGUAGCAUGUAGUAUCCGAGCGGGCAGUUCGGACGCAGCACCAAAGUCUGCCUCUGUGGUUUAAGACUUUUUCUUUCCUUUUAGAAAAUGUGAUUUUUCACGUUAAAAUGAUUCCGUUUUUGCUCAGACUUUCUCACCAAGUUUGUUCAGCUUGUAUCGGACCGAGUUUAGCAGCUAGCUAACAUAACGGAGUGAUAAACUGGAUUUAUUUCUCGGUGCCUUUCAGGUCUAAAUCCUGAGAUAUUUGCUGAACCAGAGACUGACUGCGACUCCUGAAGAGACUUUUAAAGGAAAAUACUGAAGUCCUCUUAACAAAGAGCAGGUCUGUACUGAUUUAUUUAAGAUACGAAAAAACAUCCAUCAUCCAUCUUUACUUUCUCCAUACUUCGAGCUUUAUUAAAGGGAUAUUCCGGCGUAAAAGUAAUUUAGGGUCAAACACACCGUAACGCGCUUGCAGACGUUUGUUUGUAGAAGACCUCAGUCCAGUCCAUUACAGACUACAGCGGGGUGACGCAGCUCAAGGAAGAACAUUUAUGAUCAUUUCUUUAUCAUUUCCUUGAAGUAAUAAUCACCAUAUUAAUCAUUUUACAGACGCGGUAGUUCUUCUGUCUUAGCGUCUCGGUCUGAUUGUAUUUCCAUAAAGAAAUUAUCAUAAAUGUAUGACAAAAAAAAGCACAGAACAUCAGCUCAUGGAUAUAAAAACAAACAAAUACAAGGCCUCCGAAUAGAAGGCCAAUUGUUCUCCUUUGUCAUAAGAAACCCAGAAAAUACAAGAGCUGAACAACAUAAAAUGAGACCAUGAAGACCAAUAUAAAAACAUAAAAUAGGGAAGAAAAAGAAAUGUAAUAAAAAAGGGGGGUAGAGAGCAGGAAACGGGAUCGUAAAUAUAAAAACACAAUAUUAAUUUUGAUAAUAAAAUCAUAACAAAUGGUAAUGAUAAAAUGGAAUAACAAAAAUGAGCGGGAAAUAACAAUAAAAUCAAUAAAAGGCUUAAAAGGUUAAAUAAGAAAAUAUGAGUUAAUCAAAGGCUAAAAAGACAGUAAGUGGAAAUAAGAUGGAGGUAAAAGAGAUAAAAGAGAAAAGACAGCAUCACAUAAAAGCGAGUCUGUAAAACAAAGUUUUUAGAUUUGACUAAAAAGAAGCGUCUGUCUCUGCAGCACGCCUUAUCUUGCCUUAUAAUUAUAAAAGUAUUUAAUUGUUUUUUGUCAAACUAAUUCAUAUUUCAUAACUCUUCACAGACAUCCAACAUUGUUUUGAGAGUAAAAUGGAAGUUUCCCCUGAGCAGCAGAUGAGGAUCUCCCAUUUGGAUCAGGAGGACCCACCUGAACCACUGUACAUUAAAGAGGAAGAGGAGGAAGAGUGGAGCAGUCAGGAGGGAGAGCAGCUCCAAGAACUGAAAGAGGCCGGUAUCAACACUAUCAUUAUUACACCUGUCAUUGUGAAGAGUGAAGAAGAAGAGGAAGAAGAUGAUGAAGAGAAACCUCAGUCCUCACAGCUUCAUGAAAACCUCAGUGAAGAGGAUGGAGACACAGAUCUUUUGAUGGCUGAAGAUGAUGAAGAAGACUGUGGAGGAUUAGAAUUAGACAGGGACUUUAAUCCAGACAGUUAUUUAGAACAAGAUACUGAUGAAGAAACUCCACUCUGUGAAUCAGAGACAGAUGACAGUUGUGACUGGGAGGAGACCAGCGAACCGCAGCUGGGUUCAAACCCUCAGCAUAAUACUGAAGUACCUGAUAGUGAUGAAGAAUAUAGUCCUGGAAAGACCUCAGAUAGCUCUCAGUGUGCUAUAAGCUCUGGCCAAAAGAUCAAACUGCGGGAGCACAACAGAACCCAGAGAGAGGAAAAACCGUUUGGUUGCUCAGUUUGUGGUAAAAGAUUUGGCAGUAAGAAGAAUUUAUCAGCUCACGUGAUCCGUCAUACAGAAGGAAAAGGUUCCAGCUGCCCAGUGUGUAAGAAGAGUUUCCCAAAGAAAGGAGAGCUUGAGCGGCACAUUCGAAUACACACUGGAGAGAAACCUUUCAGCUGUGCUAUUUGUGGUCGAGGUUUUACGCAGAAGUCAACUCUGUUCCGACACCAGCAAAUUCACACAGGAGAGAAACUGCACAGUUGUUCACUUUGUGAGACAAGUUUCCUUCGCAAAAAUCAUCUGGUGGAGCACAUGAAGAUUCAUACCGGGGAGGAACCGCAAAUUUGUUCUGAUGACGGUGGAAGUUUUACGCAUAAAUUAAAUUUGAGCUCACAGGAACAAGCUCACACAGGGGAGAAACUCUUUAACUGUUCAGUUUGUGAAGCAAGUUUCCAUCGUAAAACUCACUUAGUUGAACACAUGAGGAUUCAUACCGGGGAGAAACCCUACAGUUGCUCAUUUUGUGGUAAAAGAUUCACACAGAAAUCAACUUUGUACAGACACCAGCAAGUUCAUGCAGGAGAAAAACCCUUCAGAUGCUCUGUUUGUGGUGAAAAAUUUAGGCAGUAUGAAAACUUAAAACGUCACUCAGUGGUCCACAUAGGAGAGGAAUUGUUCAACUGCAGUGUCUGUGAUAAAAGAUUCACCCAGCUCGUAAGUCUCAACAGACACAAAUGCAAAGGACUGGUCCCAACUUGAUGUGUUGACUCGAGGCAAUAUGAAGUUGUGAUUUUGCAGUGAAUUUUCAGGAAUGAUGCCAAAGACUUUUUUUUAAUGUGAAUUUCUCAUUUUCAGCUUAAAAAUUUGCUCAAUGCGUAGUCAUGAACAUCAAUCAGCAUUUUAUUUAUUAUCAGAAAAGUUUCGUAUUGCAGUUUUUACCCAGAGUGCAGCCUCUUUUCACGGUCUAAUUUCAGUGAAACUAAGUCGACGUUCAGACUGCAGGUCAAUUCAGAUUUUUUAACCAUCUGUGACUCAUAUCUGAUUUUUUCAUCUAAGUGUGAACAGGUCAGUUCUGAUUGGUUCUAAUUCGACCCAGGCCUCUUCUGUAUGUGAAUGUAAAUCGGACAUGUAUCCGAUGUGACUGCAGUGUGGACGCUCAGGUCGCGUUCAUCUGACCUUUACGUCAUCAAUAUGAGACAAACGUCACCAUUGUUCGACAACACAAACAGGCGCCGAAAACAAUUUGUGUUAUGUGCGCAUGUGGGUCACUUCAUGGACGCAUUCAGUUCACAUUAGAUGCCGCAUUCGUUGUUGUAAUGUGAACAACCGCACAAAAAGAUCGGAUUUAAGGUCCUUACACACCAGGGCCGACGCGAAUAUAGAACGCAAAAUUACAAAAUACUCGGAGGCGAAGUUUGACACGCCUGACUAUACACAUCAAACCUGAUGCGAUUUUGUGACUUUUCGGGGGGGGAAAGACUUUUCCCGGGGAAAGUCCUGCCUCCUUCACCUCUGAUUGGCUAGAAAAGCUGGAAACGUCAUCACACGCUCAAGCCAAACAGUCAGCACUUACAGCCAAUCAGAGGCGAUAAGAUAAGCACAUUAAACUAAGGUAACAACCGUUAGCUUACGUUAGCACAGAUGAAUGUUGAAACAAAGACGUUUAUCAAACUGUUAAAGCUCACAAACUAUCGUCAGAUGAGAAAUCCGACGCUAUGACUCUCCACAAGUCGUCCUUCAGGUCGUUAUCUUUGUAAUAUUUUUGUCUUUUAUCAAAAAUCACUCUGUUCUCUGACAUGUAAACAAUCAGCCGGUCGGCCAUGUUGGAUAUACCGGUGAAUCUGACGUCGCAACAACACGCAAUCUGAUUGGUCAGAAGUGGACACACAGUAUGAGAAACUUGACAAAAACGGUCCCGGUGUGAAAAGACCCUUAACAAAAAAUCCGAAUUGUGCAUCAUAACCUGCAGUGUGAACGUAGCUGAAGACUCAGACCAGAUAAAAGAGCAUUUAACCUAACGCAGAUGUUUUCUCCAUGUUUGGCCUGAACACACCUGCAGAACAGGCCUGUGUGGGGCUACGAAUUACUGGAGUUAUCAUGAUCAGUACAUGUAAAUAGAGCCAAUGAGCGUAUUUGAUCUUUUUGACUGAAAUGUAUGUGUUCUUGUGCUAAUUUUGCCCAUAGGAUUUACAAUAAUUAUCCUAUGAAAUCAGCUUACUAAAAGAUAAUCCGAGUAUAAUCAAUACAAGGAAAAAAAUGAUGUAUAAUUGUUAUGGUUUGAAAGGAGUAAUAUUUGAAUAUUAAUAUAUCACUGUCGGUGCAUUUGUCUCUUCAUUUCUGUAACAAUAUUAAUAAAUAUCCUACUAAAUUAUGCUACUUUGAAACAGUUUUGCCUCCUCUGUGGUAAAUACUCAAUAAAAAUGUAGAGCAGACUUUCAAGUUUAA